AUGGCGAUCGAGUCACUCCUGAAUGCGGAGAAGCAGUGUUGCCUGGCUGGCGAUGUGGCCAGCACUAGGAAGGACAUCGUCGAGCUCUCUUUCAAGGAUGGCGCCUGGAAGACGCUUAACUACCAUAUCGUUCUCCUCUCUAAUAGGAGGGGCCAGCUCAAAGAAUGGCGUCAUCGGGGAGGACGGCAGUGGCGUGCCCGUGUUCGCGGAGUACACCCUCGACGAGCUACACGCCUCCACCGAUGGCUUCGCAACGGACCACAUCAUCUUCGAGCACUGCGAGAAGGAGCCUAA